ACCGCGCAAACCCACCGAAAACCAGCGGCGGCACUUCUGACAGUCCCACCUCCAUUAAAUUGGCCGAUCGAUCGCCGUCUCUCUCCCACCAUCUCUCCAUCGAUCGGCUCGUCGAAGCUCUCCUUCCUCCCUGCCUGCCUGCAGUAGAGUGUGGUGAUAGAUAUGGCGGCGUCGUCUGACUCUGCCGCCGAUGGCUCGGCGCCUCCUCCUCCUGCUGCUGCUGCUCCCGGGCGCCGGAUCGUGGUGGCCGUGGACGAGAGCGAGGAGAGCAUGCGGGCGCUCUCCUGGUGCCUCGCCAACGUCGUCUCCUCGUCCGCCGGCGACACGCUCGUGCUGCUCCACGCCCGCCGCCCGCGCCCCGUCUACGCCGCCAUGGACAGCUCAGGGUACAUGAUGACCUCGGAUGUAAUGGCGAGCAUGGACAAGUACGCCGCCGCCGUCUCCGCCGCGGCGGUGGACAAGGCCAAGCACAUCUGCGCCGCCUUCCCUCACGUGACGGUGGAGACGCUGGUGGAGAGCGGCGACCCACGCGACGUCAUCUGCGACGCCACCGAGAAGAUGGCCGCCGAUCUGCUGGUCAUGGGCAGCCAUGGAUACGGACUCAUCCAGAGGACGUUCCUGGGAAGCGUGAGCAAUCACUGUGCUCAGAACUGCAAAUGCCCUGUGCUUGUUGUCAAGAGGCCAAAAGAAUAAGAGUUAAUUAGAUCUAUACCAUUAUAAAUUUGUUAGCUUUGAAAUAUGUCAUUAUAAUUCGAUUAAUUGUAAAGAUGCCAUA